UUGGUUGCUGAAUUCUGAUUGAAAAUGAAUUCAGCAAUUUUUCAAACAAUCCGCAACAAACUGUAUUUCAAUUUGAAGUUGAAAAGAAGCGUCUAAAAAAGUCAUAACUUUCUAGUUUUUAAACUCUUAUUUAAAUUAUAUAAAAAUAAUAUGAGUAUCUCUUUACAGGAAUCCAAAGCUGAAGGCUCAUCCAAAAGCCAGUGCCGGAGGUCGUCGCGUCGCAAUCCGCUGAUAAUAACCCAAGAAGACGAUAGUGACAUAGAAAUGGAUACUGCGAAGGAAAAUAAAGUUCCGCAAACACCAAAAUCCAACAACAAUGUGGAGAGACAAUUUGAAUCGCCUAGUGUAGGAAGAAACAAUACAUUGUUGCAGACUCCUAGACGCAGCAGCCGCAAAAGCAUUAAACCCGUACAAGAAUAUGAAGACAUUGUGAGUUGUAAACGUCAAUUAAGAUCUGUAUCAAAGGUAGGAGAUGAAAUUAAUAAGGAUAAGGAAGAGGAGGAAACUAAUACGGAAGAGCAACAACCGAGAUGGACACCGGCCAAAGUGGGUCGUGUGUCACGAAAGCGAGGAAGGAAAAACCGUAAAACGGUUGGAGAUAAGAAUAAAUCCAAGUUGAAGAAUUCAAGUGACAAUGAAGAUACUAACGAAGUUAAAGAACAUUUGCAAAAUAAAGUAGUCAUUGAAUCAGAAGACGAAAAUAUUAAGUUAGCAGAAAAUAUAAACGAAAUUGCGGAAAUUAAUGUUGAAAAUGGUGAAACAUCGGAAGAUAUAGCAGAAGUACAUAUUGCAACAAUUAAGGAAGAUGAAGUAGAAAUACAGCCAUUGCAAAUUCCCGAUGAUGAAAAUAAAUCAAAUUUGAAGAAUUUAAGUGACAAUGAAGAUACUACCGAAGUUAAAGAAGAUGUACAAAAUAAUGUAGUCACUCAAUCACAAGACGAAAAUAUUGAAGAAGCAGAUAAUGAAAUUACAGAAAUUAAUGUUGAAAAAACUGAAAAAUCUGAAUAUAUAGCAGAAGUACAAAUUGAAACAAUUAAAGAUGACACUUUCAACAGUAGUGAUUGCAUUAUGAUAAAUCAAGCAGAUGAAGAAGUAGAAAUUCACCCAUUGCAACUUGCCGAUGAUGAAAAUAAAUCAGAGUUUAAGAAUUCUAGUGACAAUGAAGAUACUACCGAAGUUAAAGAACAUGUGCAAAUUAAUGAAGCCAUCCAAUCCCAAGACGAAAAGAUUAAGGAAUCAGAUGAAAUAAACGAAAUUACCAAUAAUGUUGAGAAAUGUGAAAAAUCAGAAGAGUGUAAAGCAGAAGUCGAAAUCGUAACAAUCAAUGAUGACACUUUCAAUGCUAGCGAAGAAGAUGAAAUGCAGCCAUUACAAUUUUCCGAUGAUGAAGGUUCAACUUCGCCACCUCCCAAAGCACCUCGUAUAAUUUUAACUACCGAUAAGGGUGUAGAUCAAAGUUUAAAUGUAACGGCACCGCUGAGUGAUGGUACAACACCGAAAAGAUACUCGAAGAGUGCGAAACGUAUGCCAACACCAUACAGGAAAAAUACUGAUAUUACAGAAAUAGAAGAUGACAUUGACGACAAGUGUGAGGCCAAGGAACCACCUAUCACUAUAGAAAUUUCCAAAAUAGAACCGAAAGAAGCUGUACUGCGUAGCAUCCGAAAACGUUCCUUUUCUGUGUGUAUUGGAGGCGCAGAAGCAGAGAAACGUAAGAAUGUCACUUUUUACAGUCCUGCUAAUACGACUACUAUUUUGGAAGAUUUGGACGUACGUAUGGUACAGAGUGUCAGGAAAAAUCCAGUCUUAAAGCCGGCAACUACUGAAACCUUUAUAACCCAACGCCGCAAACGUUCUUUGUCCUUUGAUGAGGCAAUGAUAAAUAAAUCAAAACUUCGAAUUCAAACUCCGAGUAAAAUGGGUGUGACACCACAAAAGAACAAACCAGCACGUACAAAAUUACCAAAUUUCGCAGCUAUACAUCAAAAGCAUUUCGAGAAAAUGGAAAAUUUAGUCGACCAUGUAAAUCGUAAGGCAGAACGCGCAAAAGUGCUCACAAAUUCGGCCUCCAAAGAUCGUGUUGCUUCUGCACAAAAAACAGUAAAGACCUAUCAAGCUUCUGCCACGACUACGAAUCCGGAAAAAUCUAAAGCAGUGAAACGUCUUAAUUUACAACCAACGGUAAAUUUAACAUUUUCAGGACAUAGUAAUACAUCUAUGUUUAAAGCAUUGGAAACAUCACACAAAGAUCUCCACGAUUCUAAGUUGCCCAUACCGCGCAUUGGUGUUUGCAAACCAUUAGCCACAGCAGAAACAACAACACAAAAGGAAAAUCGUGAAGUAAAAUUACCAAAUCCACGCUUGGGUAUCAUUAAGCCGCACAUCAUAUCAGUUGGCAGCAAUAUUAAAAACAAACAAAUAACGCCGGCUAAAAAUGUGUUCAAACCAACAAUAGCACGGCAUGUGGCGCGUCCAGCUUUCAACCUAUCAACGGCACUCGAAUCGCAUGCCAACAAUGCAAAAUCGGCUAACACAACCGGUGUACACAUGACCAGUGGCGCUGUAACGAAAACAAUUGCUCCGAACACAAACACAACGGUCGUGCCAACAUUGACCGUUGAUGAAAAAAUGGCUUCACGUCGUCAGCGUCACAUGGACAUGUUUAAGGGGCGUGCGGCCAGCACGCGCACCACUCCUGGCACGGCAGAGAAGCGUUUCGGUCAGCUAAUAAGAGGUGUGCGUUCAAAUCGUCGCUUUGAACUGCAAAUGGCGCAUCGCAAGAACAUGGAACAUUGAAGCAGCGAACAUAAAAAUAUUUUUUUUUUUUUUUUCAUUUACAUAUACCAGUUUUCAUAGUUUUAUAAUUAGUGUCUAGUGUAUACACGCGCCAGGCUCAUUAGCCCAUUUUCUGUGUGUGAAUUACAAACUCGAAGAAUAUUUGACAUAUUCGAAGUCAAAAUGAUUUGCAUUAAAUUUGAAUGUUCAAUAUAUCUAUCGUAUACAU